AUGAGCCGAGCCCUCGCUGCCUUGCAUAGACGUGGUAUGUUGGCCGCAUUGACGCACAAGGACGCAGGCAAAUCUAUUGAUAAGCUGCUGCAGAGUGCUCGCACUCCCUCCGUCUAUUGUGGCUUUGACCCGACGGCGGACUCGCUGCAUUUGGGCAACUUACUUCAGGGUUUUGCUUUGCGUCACUUUCAACGCGCUGGCAUCCGUCCCAUUUUGCUGGUUGGUGGUGCCACGGGUAUGAUUGGAGACCCAAGUGGCAAGUCGGAGGAGCGUGUGCUGCUAUCGGAUGAUACGGUGUUGCACAACACACAACAGAUUACGAAAGGACUGUCAGCUGUACUGGACUUUGAUGAUCCGAAGACUGGUGCAAUUAUCUGUAAUAACGCCGAGUGGCACACCAACAUAUCGGCGGUCACAUGGAUGCGAGACAUUGGGCGUCACUUUCGAGUGAAUUCAAUGUUACAGCGUGACAGUGUGAAGAAACGUCUAGAGACGGACCAAGGCAUCAGCUUUCUUGAAUUUUCGUACCAACUCUUCCAGGCCUACGACUUCUUGCAUCUGUACAAAAAGUAUGGCUGCGUUGUGCAGGUUGGAGGCAGCGAUCAGUGGGGCAACAUUGCCUCGGGCAUUGAGCUCGUUCGUAAGAGCACGGGCGAGGAAGUUUUUGGGGCGACGUUGGUACUACUGACAACGUCUACUGGAGAGAAAUACGGCAAGUCCGCAGGCAACGCAAUUUGGCUAGAUGCAAACAAGACGUCUGUCUUUGACUUUUAUCAGUUUUUUCUCCGCUCGGACGACCGCGAUGUUGAAAAGCUGCUCAAAUGCUUUACAUUUCGAGACGUGGAUGAGAUUCGUGACAUCGUGGCCGAGCACGAGAAGGCACCCGGAAUGCGAGCUGCUCAGAAAGUGCUGGCGGAGGACAUCACAGCGAUGAUGCACGGCCAAGAGGGCUUAAAGGCUGCACUGAAUGCCACAGAACUACUUUUCGGGAGAAAAACCGGUCCUUUAGCUGCUGAAGAGAUGCUUCGCAUGGCCAGAGAUGCACCCAUGACAACGCUCUCACGUGCUGAUGUCCUCAAUGAGUCUAUUGUGGACCUCGCUGUACGAGUAGGCGCGGCUAAGUCCAAGGCUGAGUGUCGACGUCUGAUCAAAGGGGGCGGAGUAUACCUUAACAACGAGCGCAUUGAAACGGAUACUCUGUGCGUGGAGACAUCGAAUCUUCUCGACGGCAAGUUAUUGGUGAUCCGUAUUGGUCGAAGAAACAACUUUAUCGUUCAGUAUGGAGACCAGUCCGCUCCUGGGAAGAGCUUCUUGUCAGUCUAA